AUGGCAACCAAUUACACCAGUGUUGGCCAGUGGGAAGCGGAGCUAAAGAUAGGUGAUGUUAUAGGGCCGGAUGCAAAAGAGCUCUUGGAGAUUUAUUCUGGAAUCUGUCCCACUGAAGUUGAUCACCAGGUGGCAAAAGCGAAACAAGGCUGGGAAAUCACACAUUACCCAUGUUUCCGGCUGGUCACCUUCCUCGAUCUAGAACUGUCGCAGUCACUUGUGUACGCGAGAUUCGUCAAUACAAUUAAGCAAGGAGCGUUGUUCAUAGACCUAGGCUGCGGACUCGGUCAGGAUAUCAGGCGACUAGCACAUGACGGUGCACCACCCGAAAACCUGGUAGGGUUGGACCUUCGCAAAGAGGCUGUCGAAUUAGGGUACGACUUGUUUAUGGACGGUGACACAUUGAAGGCAAGGUUUAUUGUGCAAGACUUCUUACAGGACACACCGCUGUUACGAGAAAUGAUAGGCAAUAUCGAAAUCAUCAAUUCCGGCCUUUUCAUGCAUCUUUGGGACUGGGCUGGACAAGUCCGGAUCGGUCGGAGAAUGGUUGAAUUGCUGACCCAUCAAGGCUGUUUAAUUACAGGUGUGCAUUUUGGAGGUCAAGAUUCUGGUAUUAACAAGACUGAAGACUGGAUUGAGAGAUUUGUUCAUAAUGAGAUGUCUUUUCGACAGAUCUGGAUAGAUAUCGAGACACUGACAAGAGCUCGCUGCAGCUUGGCUCUCAAAGUACAGGAAGAUAAUCGAUACAUAAUGUCUGACCAGCCAACAUUUCGCCUGCAAUGGGUUAUUGAAGUCCAGAAAUAA